AUCAAGGACUCUCAAGUUCAUCGCGUUCCUUACAAUAUUGAAAUUGUGUUUAAUGAAAAUGUGUAAGAAAUAUUCUGUUAACUAGCUUAGUUAUUUAUAAUUAUCUUCUUCGUUUAUUUUCCUUUUGUGCUUAUAAAUUUCCAUAAAAAUCUACAAUAAUAAAUUUUUAUCGAAAUUUCAAGAAAUUUCUUCAAAGGAGUGCAAGAAUCAAAUUGAGAAACACUGCACUGCAUAUGAAUGAAUUACACAUACAUUACAUUCAUGCGUGUAGCACUGUGUAGCACUGAAGAAAUUUUUAAACUGUAGCCGGCUACUAUUGAAUUUAUGCCUUUACAAUAAAAAUACAACAACGAAAACAUCACAUGAAUCCAAGAUAAACGUAUAUUAUUCGUCUAAAUAUUUUCAAAAAUCAUGCAACUGAUAACAUUAUUAGUGUUACUUAUUUGUGCGAGUGCAAGCAAUAUUGAUGUAGAUCCACUAAAAACGAUUGUUUGGGGCCCAGGAUUAAAACCAGCAGAAGUUACCAUGCGUGCAAGAUAUUUUUUCCUGCAACUCACUGAUUCACAUGGCAGAAAUUUGACAAAAUCUCCUGGUGAAAAUAUAGUCACUGGACAAAUAUAUGGAAAAUCUUUAAAUGAUGCACCAUGUCGAGUAUGGACUCAAAUUUUUGAUUGUAAAGAUGGAAGUUUCAUCAUGCGCUAUAAAAUUUUUAGCACUUGCUUUAACAUUAAAAUUAAAGUAAAGAUCAAGGGAAAAGAACUACCAAUUCCUCAUUCAGAGAUCAAAGGUCCUAUUUAUGAAGAAGAGUGUUACUGUCCAAAUCCCUCAAUCACCAACUGGUUAAAUCACUAUCAGUGCCAAGAAAAUUAUACUCAGAUACAUCAUGAUCUCACUCCGUUUUCAAAUAUUGAUUUUGAUAGAAUACGUGAAAGCAUCAUCAAGAAAUAUGAUCGACCAACCAGUGUCAGCAUUUGUCAUUACGUCUUGAAAUCUAACAGAAUUUAUAGGCGAUGUUAUGGCCAGUAUGUUGGUUUUAAAAUAUUUAUGGAUGCUAUAUUGUUGUCACUGGCACGCAAAGUGACGCUGCCAGAUAUUGAACUCUUUGUGAAUUUGGGUGACUGGCCACUUGUUCCUAAUACCGGCCCGCUUUAUCCUAUCUUUUCGUGGUGCGGGUCCGAAGAUACGAAGGACAUUGUUAUGCCUACAUAUGAUCUCACAGAAUCGUCCUUGGAAGCAAUGGGAAGGGUAAUGUUAGAUACGCUCUCCGUACAAGGUAACACUGGACCAACGUGGUUCGACAAGACUGAGCAACUGUUUUGGCGUGGACGUGAUUCUAGAAGAGAACGUCUCGAUCUCAUAGAGAUCUCGAAAAAACACCCAGAGCUCUUCAACGUUUCUAUUACUAAUUUCUUCUUCUUUAGGGACGAAAUAGAUAAAUAUGGACCUGCGCAAGAUCACGUAUCAUUUUUCAAUUUUUUUAAGUAUAAAUAUCAGUUGAAUAUUGAUGGCACGGUAGCAGCAUAUCGAUUCCCAUAUUUACUUACUGGAGAUUCUUUGGUGUUUAAGCAAGAAUCCAAGUAUUAUGAAUUUUUCUAUAAGGAUCUCGUACCUGGAUUACACUAUGUGCCUGUGAAAAGUGAUCUUUCGGAUCUUGUCGAUAAGAUUAAAUGGGCAAAGGAGCAUGACGAGGAUGGAUUGAAAAUUGUUAAAUCUGCCAGACAAUUUGCAAGGGACAAUUUAUUACCACGAAUGGAGUAAACGCUUAAAGAGUAAAAUUGAAGUACUAAAUAACAUGGAAGAAGUACCACAACCUAGUCAUUCUUGUCCGUGUCAUCUUAG